GCUUCUAUUAGAUCUGGCGGCUGAGUAAAAUGAUUCUUACCUCGGGGACUCUGAGGAUGCCCUGCCUAAGUGUGUCAGUGGAAUAAUCAUAUGGCUCUGAAUAGCAGCAAGACCUGAUCAUGUGAGGAGCCAACCUUCAAGCAACUAAGGUGCGUUUUACCUGCAGUCUCCUUGACUCAUCUUUAGCUGAUAAUUGUGGGAUAUCUUCAGUAUCUUGUAUUCAUCAUUAGUCCCUGAAAAUGUCACCAUAAAGCUAGGAGCAGCAUUACUUCAGCCUGAACAAAGACUCACAGUGCAGAUGGAAAUCCUGGCAGAUUGGUUCUAAAUCCAGCGAGUCAAAAGUUACAGAUGGAUUUUUUUGUGCUCUGACUUGAAUAGUUUCUUGAAUUCUUCUAAAUUUGUGCCAUAAUCAAAGUCUAAGAUCAAAAAACGAACUCAUUUUGCACUGGAAAUAUUCAUAUUAGAGGAUAAUAUUUAUUUUUCUCAGAUAAAAAUGUACUUGUUUUCAAAAAAUUCUACAAACUCGGAUAGUAAAAUAAUGGUGCGAAGGUUCCUUGUGACCUUACGGCCUUUCAGGUUAUUCGUGGCUGGCAUUGGAUUUUUCACUCUCUGUUUCAUCAUGACCUCACUUGGCGGACAAUUUUCAGGCAAGAGAUUGGGAGAAUCGCCCUUUGGCAUCCGGCAAUUUGGCAUCAAACCGGAAGGAAUUGGACUGGAGUUCCGUGUGCUGAGAAAAUUGACGGACAUGUUGGAAAUAAUAUUGAAGAGAAUGGAGCCCCUGGCUAAACUGGAAAACGUGAGCGACUUCAGAAAGUUGGAAGAACUUAGCUCUGCUUUAAAUCAUUUCCAACAUGCUGGCUUACUGGAGAAGAUAGAAGCCAUUGCCCAGAAUGUUUCAAACCUAACAAUCAAAAUGGAGCAGUUUAUGCAAGCAAGUCUAAUGGCCGGGAGAGAAGGUUCCUUCUCUGGGAAAGCGAAGGGGAAAGAUAGUAGCCAAUGUGAGAUUCCCAAAGAUCCUCGUUUUCCUGACUGCCUUGGGAAGAUAGAGUGGAUGCGAGCCAGAUGGACAUCUGACCCUUGCUACGCUCACUAUGGUGUUGAUGGUACAGACUGUUCCUUCCUCGAAUACCUCAGUGAAAGAGAGUGGUUCUGCCCUCCUUUACCAUGGAAAAAUCGAACGGCUGCUCCAACCAGAACUAAAACAAAAGAACAGCAGAAGGCAUUUUAUCGAAAGGAUUUUGCACAACUUCUCGAACUCAUGGGUAGUGGAAAGGAAUCGCUAAUAUUUAUGAAAAAACGCAUCAGAAGGUUGUCAACACAGUGGAUUUUGGCUGCUCAGAACAUCGAUCAAAAACUUGAGAUGAGAAAAAGGCAACGGAAAAAGAUGUUGGUCCACCUUGGUUUCUUGACGGAGGAAGCAGGAGAUGUUUUCAGUCCCAUCGUGUCGAAGGGUGGUCCUUUAGGGGAAUUGGUUCAAUGGGCUGAUAUCUUGGCCACACUGUAUGUGCUGGGUCACAGCCUGAAAAUCUCUGCUACUUUAAGAGAGCUCCAAAGUUUCCUAGGCGUGCCUCCUGGGAGAGGAAGUUGCCCUCUGACUGAACCGUUAACCUUUGACCUCAUCUAUACUGACUAUCACGGACUUCAACAAAUGAAACAACAUAUGGGGCUCUCCUUCAAAAAGUACAAGUGCCGGAUUAGAGUGAUCGACACUUUUGGCACGGAGCCGGCUUACAACUUUGACGAUUAUGCAACCCUCCGCGGUUAUCGAACAAACUGGGGCCACUGGAAUCUGAACCCAAAACAAUAUAUGACCAUGUUUCCUCAUAGUCCGGACAACUCAUUCAUGGGUUUUGUUGCUGAGAUACUGAAUGAUACUGAAAAGGAAGCCAUUCAAUCAAGCAAGAUCAACAACAUGGCGGUCGUCUAUGGAAAAGAUCCUAACAUGUGGAAGGGAAAGGCAAAGUAUCUGGAAGUUAUUAACAGAUACAUGGAGAUCCAUGGAACAGUUUACUAUGAGACGCACUGGCCACCUGAGAUGCCUGUUUUUGUCAAAAACCAUGGACUGCUGCCUCAACAUGAGCUGCAGAGACUUCUAAGAAAAGCAAAGCUCUUCAUUGGAUUGGGAUUUCCAUAUGAAGGGCCUGCUCCACUGGAGGCCAUUGCCAAUGGCUGUAUUUUCUUGCAACCUCGAUUCAACCCCCCUCACAACUCAAAGAAUAAUGAGUUUUUCAGGGGAAAACCCACUUCAAGAGAGGUUUCAUCACAACAUCCGUAUACGGAAUACUUCAUUGGGAAGCCACAUGUUUGGACAGUGGACUACAACAACACAGAGGAACUGGCGGCUGUUGUCAGAACAAUUUCAGAAACCAAGGUGGAACCUUAUCUUCCCUAUGAGUUUACUUGUGAAGGGAUGCUGGAGAGGGUUCAUGCUUAUAUCCAACACCAGGAUCUCUGUGAGACAGUGUUCCUGACGUGGCCUCAGAAUUAUUCAAGGCAUAUUUCAUCCCCUGCUAAUAAUACAAGUCUACUCGUCGUUCCUCAAAAUGUCACUGGGCUUCCUUGGUCUCCAAAUGUCAACAAACUGCUCAGGUGGCCUCCUGUGAGCUCAAUGCAUCUCCACGUAUCGACCACGGCACAGUCUUGCACUAACGCCUGUCAGGAACACGGACUCAUUUGUGAGCCAACAUUCUUCCAGUUUAUCAACAACAAACUCGUCUUUGAGCGAUUUCAGUUCGUCUGCGACAGCAUUGAAUCUGAAGCGAACCAUCUCUAUCCCGCCUUUGAGGAAAUAGCUCAAGACUGUUACCUUCAGAAGCAGGUCCUGCUGUUCAGCUGCGCAGGUCACCAUCCGAAAUAUAGGCGGUUCUGUCCCUGCAGAGACUUCCGUAAGGAACAAGUAGCACUCUGCAAAGGGUGUUUGUGAGGAUUGAAUACGAAGACUGUGCAAAAAGUAAGUUUGGUGCAGAAGUUCACCAAAUCAUCCACAAAACACAAAGAACUCCCCAUGAAGGCAUUUCUCCGUCAUCAAAAGAAACUUAAAGUGACUUAAGAAAAUCUACAAGGAUGCCAAUACACAGAUGGAUUUGUUGUGAGAAAGGCUGCCUGAACAGACAAUAUCCAAGCUGUGAAUAAUUUGGCAAUGUCUUUAUUACGUGUUUGCUCAUGUUGCAUGCAAAUGAGAAGUCCAUGUGAACAUUUUUAACCUACAUUUCUUUAUGAUUAAAUAACAUUUCAGACCAUACCUUUGCUCAUCAAUGAGUCAAACUAGAAAUCUGGAUCAAGAACCAACAAUUCUCAAAUUUGUUGAUGAAUCCUUUCAUGAAAUGUUCUGUAUUUCUACUCAAAUGAUUGUUACAUUUGUUACCAGUGCAAUAAUUUAGGAUGUCAUGAGAUCAAGGAUGAUGUUUUAUGUUUUUAGAUUUGGCACAGAAAUUCUACAUAUUGCUCAAGUAGUCAGUUAAUACAACGUUAUUUCAUGCUAUCAGUCUUUUGUCAGGGAAGUGAUUUGAUACAGCAUUCUAAAUAUUCUAAAUUCCAAUCCUUACGAAGUUUACUAUGUUUUGUUUUCAGAGUUUCUGACCAGAUUAGUGUCAAACAAAUUACAUUGCAUAACUACCCACUUCUAUUACUUAUUCUGGCAAUAUUUAAGCGGAGACACAAGGAACUGCAGAUGCUGGAAUCUUAGGCAAAAUACAAAGUGCUGGAGGAAAUAAGU